CCUUUAACUCAUCUCAUUCACUGGCAAGGUCUGUCACUUCUCAUAGGCCUUCAUCAAUCCAUCAAUCCAUCAACCAACCUCACUUAACCACAUAUGCACACUCAAUUAAUAUCAACAUCAACAAAAAUGUCAGCAGAAAAUGCCACAAGAAAUUUGUCUCGCCCCAGACGAGGAGAAUUUCCAUCACUGGUAACCAUUCCUCCUCUCGUCUCACCUCAUAGACUCACAAUCAUCGUCCUUCACGGCCGUGGCUUCAACGCACAGAAGUUCCACUCACCACUUCUUGCAUCUCCUUCUCCCGAUCCAUCAAUAUCGUUUCGCCAAUCGCUUCCGCAUGCUCGCUUCGUGUUCCCGACCGCGCCUCUAGCGCGGGCUACGAAGUAUCGCCGUUCACUUAUUCACCAAUGGUAUGAAGGAACUGGUGACUGGGAGCCCGAGGCGCGUGGGAACAUGCGACCAAGUAUUGAGUACAUCCAUAAGUUAUUGGAAGAUGAGAUAGAAAGGUUGAGGGGGGAUGCAGGAAAAGUAGUGUUGAUUGGUUUCAGUCAAGGCGGUGCAAUGGCGUUGAUGAGUUGGUUGCUUUGGGAGGGUCGGAGUCUGGGCGCUGUGGUUAUAAUGAGUGGUUUCAUGCCCUUGGCUGAGAGUUUAAUGGUGGAUAAUAUGGGCGGCGACAUAUCAGAAGACGGACUGUUCGAAAGGGAUAGUGAAGAGGAAGCAAAAAGUCCCCUACAAAGGGCAAUCGACGAGCUUCGUGAAGAGGCAGAGCUUAGCCCUGCACCACUAAUGACCUGUUUCCCUUUCCUGAACACUUCCGUGUUCAUGGGACAUGGUAAAAAAGACGAGGAUGUUGAGUAUUGUCACGGACUAAGCGCUGCCAAAUGCUUGGAGCGCAUGGGAGUAGAAGUCGAGUUAAAGACUUACCCAGACUUGGAGCAUUGGUACUGUCCUGGAGAACUCGGAGAUAUAACACAAUUCAUAAAUCAGCAGCUAGGCUUAUAAACAAUUAACAUCAUAGAGAGGCCUGUUAGAUUUGAUAACUCAUAAAUUCAUGAUAUUCCGCUUAUGGAGGCAUUUCAG